AUGUCUAUCUUGUUUACCUACUUACACUGGGUCAACUCGGUGCUGUCAGAGAGUGGUGGUCACGUGGAUGGUGCGGAGGAUGUGCGGGAAGGACAGGUUUUGUGUCAGCUCAUCGAUGUCCUUAAUCCUGGAGCUAACCUUGUAAUGAAAGUCAAGGCUUCAGAAGAAGAUGCACCAGUUAGCUACAUCAACACAGCUCUGGACCAUAUGAGAGGUCAUGGGGUCAAGGUUACACUCCAAGCACAAGAUAUAAUCAGCAGCAAUGUCAAGGCCACCUUGGAUGUUCUAUGGGCCCUAAUUCUACAUUAUGGCAUCCAUUUCAUUGGUGAAAGUGUCCAAAACAGAAGUGCUGGUGAGGGUAAGAGACUGCUUCUAGAAUGGUGCCAGGAAGUACUGAAUACAACCUUUGACCCUAGUGAUCAACUGACUUCCACUCUUUCUCAUGGAAACUGGCUUGUCAAGUUGCUGGAGAUAGCAGUGCAGAACAGCAUGCAGCCUUCUCAGAACAAGCCUGCAGAUAUUGAAUGUCUAUUGGGAGAGAUUGAGCACCAGUAUCAAAUCAAGAGGGGCAUUAUUAAGUCCAAUGAUAUUAUUGAAGGAACAGUCGAUGAGAACGGGUUAAUGAUCUUUCUGUCUCUGUUAAAAAGGAGGGGCUACAGUAGUUUUACCACAAGCAGGUUGGAAAAUGGCUACCCAUUAUCGCGAAGAAGCAGAUCCAGCCAUGUAUUGUCAGCUGUUGAUGGAAGUUCCCCACAUAGUCCAAUUCA